UCUACUCAGUGUUAGCUAGCCCAGUGACGCAGUGAUCUCCGUCUUCCUCACUCUUUCUCCUCCUCCUCCUCCUCCUCCUCUUCCCCACUCUCCUAUUCCUUUCACCUUUCACCUCUCUACAAACAAACAGUGACAAACAAAUCUUCCUGAUCGAUCUUACUUCAUUAUUCGCAUAUCAGUGAUACCCCCAAGAACUAACAUGUCUAGUAGUGGCAUGGAUUUAACAGCAGAAGGAUCGUCUUCUUCCUCGAGCCCUACACUGAGCCGCUAUGAGUCCCAAAAGAGAAGGGAUUGGAACACAUUCGGGCAGUACCUCAAGAACCAGAGGCCUCCAGUGGCUUUAUCUCAGUGCAAUUGCAACCAUGUGUUGGACUUCCUUCGCUAUCUGGACCAGUUCGGCAAGACUAAGGUUCACCUCCAAGGUUGCAUGUUCUAUGGCCAGCCAGAGCCGCCGGCACCGUGCACAUGCCCUCUCCGGCAAGCCUGGGGUAGCCUGGAUGCUCUCAUAGGCAGGCUCAGGGCUGCCUAUGAGGAAAAUGGUGGUACCCCUGAGACCAACCCUUUUGCUAGUGGCUCCAUAAGGGUGUACCUUAGAGAGGUCAGAGAGUGUCAGGCUAAGGCUAGAGGCAUCCCUUACAAGAAGAAGAAGAAGACUGUUUCUGCUACAAAUCAAACCAAGGGGACUACUGAUCAUGAAUCUUCUUCUACCUUGCACUUCUCUAAUUGAUUGAUUCCUCCAUCCCCUUUGAUGAUUCAGCUUCCUUAAGUAUGGAUGAAUUGGUAGGUGUAUCAGAUUAUAAUGAAACUGGAAUGAGUUGCUCAUCGAUUUGCUUGCAAGGCGCAAUGAAUCUAUUGGGAAGCUGUCUUUAUGAUCUCUCUCUCUCUCUCUAGCUGUUUCACACAUGGAUGCAUGGCAUGGCAUGCCACGCUUGAAAGUCUGUGUUAUACUUGGGAAUUAAUUUUUAAGCUCCUUGCAGAACCAAACUCUAUCUCAUUAUUAUUUCUUCUUCAUCACUUGUUAUAUGUGCCCCUUAUCAUUUGAGUGUUAAUCAAUUUCUUGUAAUCCACCCCUUCAUUUUCAUUAUAUACAUUACAUAUAUACAUAUAUAACAUAAUUUUAAUUUGCUUC